AUGAAACUCUCAACCCUCCUUACAACCCUCACCCUCGCCACCCUCGGCAGCAGCACCGCCCUUUCACCCCGCUCAACAUUUACCUGGACCUCCUGGGUCGACAGCCUCAUCGCCGACCCAGCGCAUGCCAUGUCGCCCUCAGAAGCUCUCGCCGCCUUCAACGCCGCCAACCCCAAUCCCAAUCCCGACCUCUCCACCUCCCCCGACACUGACGAUGCUAACUUGGACAAGCGCCAAGCAUUCGCCAACUGCCAACAGCUCUCCUCCCGACCUCCUUCUGUGCCCGACGCAGUGGCUUGUAUCAACGAUCUAGCGGGUAGGGGUAAUGCGGGGCAGGCGUGUAAUGUUGAUGGGUACACCGCCAGGGUGCAGUGUAGAUUGGGGAGUGCGGAUGUGGUUAGUGUUAAGGGGAGGGAUGAUGCGCCUAAGAGUGUGAAUUGCAAUGACAUCGCGAGGUCGGCUGGUGUUAUCAUGGAUCGAUGUACGAGGGGCGAUAACACGGUUUCUGGGGCUGCGUAUAUACCUCAGGGGGGUGUUGCGGUGCAGAUUCAGGGUCAGUAG